AGAAUGCUUUAAAUCCCAUUCCUUCUCUCCACUCCAGUCUUGUUUUUUUUUAAUAUAAAUUUAUUUUAUUUAUUUUAUUUUUGUCUGCAUUGGGUCUUCGUUGCUGCAAGUGGGCUUCCUCUAGUUGCAGUGAGCAGGGGCUACACUUCGUUGCGGUGAGCGGGCUUCUCAUUGUGGUGGCUUCUCUUGUUGCGGGGCACAGACUCUAGGCGCUUGGGCUUCAGUAGUUGUGGCAUGCGGGCUCAAUAGUUGUGGCUCAUGGGGGUCUAGAGCGAGGCUCAGUAGUUGUGGUGCACAGGCCUGGUUUAUCCACGGUAUGUGGGCUCUUCCUGGACGAGGCCUCGAACCCGUGUCCCCUGCAUUGGCAAGCGGAUUCUUAACCACUGCACCACCAGGGAAGUCCUGGAUCUUUACAACUUUUGCUGAUGUUAUGUGUGUUGUACUAUUUUAUGGGUUUGUUUUUUAAUGGAUGAGGGGACUAUUUUAUUUAUUUAUUUUGAAUUUUUGUAUUUUAUUUUUUUAUACAGCAGGUUCUUAUUAGUUAUCCAUUUUAUACAUAUUAGUGUAUACAUGUCAAUCCCAAUCUCCCAAUUCAUCACACCACCUCCCCCACCACUUUCCCUAUUUUAUGUUUUAAUUUGCAUUCUCUCCAUUGUUAGUAAGUUUGAGCAUAUUUUAAUUUGUUUAUUGUCAUUUACUUUUUCUCUGUUGUAAAUUAUUUGUUCAUUUCUAUGGCUUAUUUUCCUAUUGAGUUGUUUGUUUUUUUAAAUACCUAUUUAUUUUACUUAUUUAUUUUCCUUACUUUUUGUCUGCAUCAGGUCUUAGUUGUGGCACAUGGGGUCUUCAUUGAGGCAUGCGGGUUCUUUUGUUACGGCGUGCUGUCUCUUCAUUGCGGCGCUCGGGCUGCGAUCUCUAGUUGUGGCAUGUGGGUUUUCUCUCUCUAGUUGUGGUGCGAGGGCUCCAGGGCACGUGGGCUCUGUAGUGGAGGCGCUCGAGUUCAGUAGUUGUGACGCACAGGCUUAGUUGCCCUGCAGCAUGUGGGAGUUUAGUUCCCUGGCCAAGGAUCGAACCCACGUCCCCUGCAGUGGAAGGUGGAUUCUUUACCACUAGACCACCAGGGAAGUCUCGGUUUUGUUUUAAAUUGAGUUAUAGGUAUUAGUAACACAUGUGGAUACUAAUCCUGUGUCAGUAUGCAUUGCAGUUAUUCUCCUAAUCUGUGGCUCUUCCUGCCUUGUUUUUUUUUAAUAAAACAACUUCAUUGAGGUGUAAUUGACGUAGAAUAAACUACAUGUGUUUAAAGUGGACAGUUUGAUAAGUUUUGACAUAUACCUGUGAAACUGUCCAUUACCCCCCAAAAGUUUCCUUGUUUCCUCUGCAAUGCCCUUUCUCCCCUACUUCCCUCUCCCCUCCCCCAGGCAAUCAUUAAUCUGCUUUCUGUCACUCGAUUGGUUUGCAUUUUCUGUUUCAUAUAAAUGGAAUCAUACUGCGUAUACUAAUUGUUUGUGUAUGGGGGUCUGGCUUCUUUCACUCAGCUUAAUUAUUUUGAGGUUAACCCGUGUUUAUGGUUAGUGUGUAUCUAUUACAAUUUUUUUUUAAUGCAUUCAGUAGCCAGCUGAUGGACUUUGGAUUGUUAGCAGUUUUUAACCACUACAAAUAAAAACUGCUGGUGAACAUUUGUGUGCAUGUCUUUGUAUGGACAUUUAUUUUCUCUUGGAUAAAUACCUAGGAGUAGAAUGGCUGGGUCGAAUAGUUUAACUCCUUUAGUUUUUUAAGGAAUUGUCAAAGUGCUUUCCAAAGUGGUUUUGUCAUUUUUACACCCCUAUCAGUCUGUGAGAGUUCCAGUUGCUUCACAUUUUUGCCAGUACUUGAUGCGGUCAGUCUUUUUAAUUUUUAAAAACUUUAGUCCUUCUAAUAGUUGCAUAGUGGUACCUGAUUGUUUUAAUAUGCAUUUCCCUGAUGACUAAGGAAGCUGAACUGCUUUUCAUGUGCGUCUUUGGUGAAGUGUUUUAAAAUCAUAAACCCAUUUAAAAAAUAGAGUUGUUCAUUUGCUAAUUGUUGUUUUGAGAGUUCUUUAUUCUGGAUACAAGUCCUUCAUUGGAUAUAUGAUUUGCAAACAUUUUCUAUCACUCUGUGCAUUAUCUUUUCUCAUAACAAUGUCUUUUCAAAGAACAAAAGUUUUGUGCUUUUGGUGUCAUGUCUAAGAAAUCUCUGUCCAACCCAAGGUUAAAAAGUUUUUCACUUCUGAGUUCUUCUAGGAAACUUAAUAGUUUUAGGUUUUACAUUUAGAUCUGCAAUCCAUUUUGAAUUAAUUUUUUUAUAUAAUACCAAACUAUGGGUGAAAGUUCAUUUUUUGCAUAUGGAUAUCUAAUUUUUCAGUACCGUUUGUUGGAAGACUAAAUUGCCUUUUAUCUUUGUCAAAAAUCAAUUGUCUGUAUAUGUGUGGGAAUGUUUCUGGACCCUCUAUUCUGUUCCACUGAUCUUUGUGCAAGUACCACAUGGUCUUUGAUUACUAUAACUUUAUAAUACAUCUUGAAAUCAGGUAUUGUUCACCCUCCAACUUCUUUUUCAAAGUUGUUUUGGCCAUUCUAGUACCUCUGCAUAUUCAUAUGGAUUUUAGAACUAGUUUGUCAGUUUCUACAAAAAUGUCUGCUGGGAUCUUGGUUGAAAUUGCUUUAGCUCUAUUAAAUCAACUUGGAGAGAAUUGACAUUCUAACAAUAUCAAGCCUUCCAGCCCAAUAACAAAUAUAUGUCUGUAUAUAUAUCCAUUUAUUUAGGUCUUUAAUUUCUCUCCACAAUGCUGUGUAGUUUUCACUGUAUAGAUCUUUCACAUCUUUUGUCAGAUUUAUUCUUUUUUUUAAUUGUUGAGUCUUUUUAAAACAUUUUUGUUGGAGUAUAGUUGAUUUACAGUGUUGUGUCAGGUGUACAUCAAAGUGAAUCAGUUAUAUAUAUACAUAUAUCUACUCUUUUUUAGGUUCUUUCUCAUAUAGGUCAUUGCAGAGGACUGAGUAUAGCUCCCUGUGCUAUAAAGUAGGUCCUUAUUAGUUAUCUAUUUUAUAGAUAGUAGUGUGUAUAUGUGAAUCCCCAUCUCCCAAUUUAUCCUCCCCCCUUUCCCCCCAGGUAACCAUAAGUUUUCUACAUCUGUGACUCUAUUUCUGUUUUGUAAAUAAGUUCAUUUGUACCAUUUUUUUAGAUUCUAAGUAUAAGCGAUAUCUUAUGAUAUUUAUCUUUGUCUGACUUACUUCACUCAGUAUGACAAUCUUUAGGUUCAUCCAUGUUGCUGCAAAUGGCAUUAUUUUGUUCUUUUUUAUGGCUGAGUAAUAUUCCAUUGUAUAUAUGUACCACAUCUUCUUUAUCCACUCCUCUGUCGAUGGACAUGGUUGCUUCCAUGUCUUGGCUAUUGUAAAUAGUGCUGCAAUGACAGAUUUAUUCUUACGGGUAUUUUUUUUAUACUAUUUUUUUAUACUAUUUGUUUUGUUUUUUUGUUUCUUUUUGUUUUUUGGCUGCACCACGAAACUUGUGGGAUCUUAGUUCCCCAACCAGGGAUCAAACCCAGGCCCACAGCAGUGAAAGCAUGGAGUCCUAACCACCGGACCGCCAGGGAAUUUCCUGUACUGUUGUGUUUUUAGUUUCAGUUUCUGAUUGUUUAUUGCUAGUUAUAGAAAUACAGUUGAUUUUUGUGUACUGAUUUUGUAUUCUGCAACCUUCCUAAAUUCACUUAAUCUAGUAUAGUUUUUUUGUAGGUUUCAUCAGACGUUUUCAUACAAAUAAUUAUGUCGUCUAUGAGUAAAGACAAUUUUACUUAUUUCUUUUCAGUCUGGAUGCCUUUUAAUUCUUUUUCUUGCCUGAUUGUGUUGGUUGGAACCUCUAGUACAGUAGUAAAGAGAAGUAGUAAGAAUAGAUAUCCUUGUCUUGUUCCUGAUCUUAGGGGGAACCCUAUCUUAUUUUUAAACCUUCUUUUAAAAUGUCUUUUUCAGGUUGUUAUAUUAUUUCUUAUUCUUGGGGUGCAGUCUCUGAUGGCUGUAUCAGCUGAUUUCCCUGUGGGAGGUUUGUUUCUCUGUGUUUGUUUUUUCUUUUUUUUUUUCUUUAAACACUGAACUUGGGAAUUCCCUGGUGAUCCAGUGGUUGGGGCUCCAUGCUUUCACUGCUGGGAGCCCAGGUUUGCUCCCUGGUUGGGGAACUAGGAUCCCACAGGCCACAUGGAGCAGCCAAAAAACAAAAAAACCACAAAAAACAAAAAAACUGAACUUAAGUCCUGUGUGUCUCAGAUUGUGGAAUCAUCUCUACUGUACAGUUUUUCAUUUGCUCUGUUGUGGUCCUAUUUCAUUCUUUAGUUCUGAACCUUAUUUAUGAUGAAGUGUCAGAUUGAGGUCCUUGUACCAUACGUGUAGUGUGAAUUUAGACUUCACAUCUGUGAAUGAUGCAGGCCUGGGAUCCAUUUUCUUCCAGGUAACCUCUUCCAUCUCUAGGCGCAGGUGCAGUGCUUGCUGUUCUCUCAGUGAGCCGAGUGUUUCUAUUUCCUGUUUCAUGGAUGGAGUAGACCUUUAUGUUUCUUGAAUUUAUAGCCAGUUCAACUUGUUGGCUUGGCACAGGGACUAUGGCCUAGAUUCCUUUGCAGUUCGUAGGCAUUAAGGCAUCUGUCUGGUUUAGAUAUUCCUGUGUAUCAUUUGGCUUCAGCUCUGGACUACUGUAAUAGCCUUGUUUUUUUUGGCUGGGCCACACGACAUGUGGAAUCUUGUUCCCCAACCAGGGAUCGAACCUGCGCCCCCUGCAUUGGAAGCGCAGUGUCUUAACCACUGGGCUGCCAGCGAAGUCCCCUGUAAUAGCCUUUUAAAUGGGCCCCCCAGAUUCCACUCUUAGACGCCUAAUAUCCAUUCCCGACACAGUGAUCGUUUAUUUGAUUUAAAUUUUAGUGCCUGUGUUGUCACCUUCCUUGGACACCAUUCCUACUCUCUGGUUACUCUGGCUUUUUAUUUUCCCUAAUGUCCUGGUCUCCCACUCAUGUCAGGGCCUUGUACAAAGGCUGUUCCCUCUGCCUGGAAUACUCUUCACCAUCACAACUCUUUUCCUUGCCAUUGCCUCUUCAUCUUUGGUUCUUAUCUCAGAUAUCACUCUUGAUUUCAGAAGUCUUUCCUGACCCCUCAGAUUGGUUCAGGUUUUCCUGUCCUUGUGUAUCUCAUAGCUUUAUUUAUUUUUAUUUAUUUGUUUUUGUUUUUUUUUUGCGGUACGCGGGCCUCUCACUGUUGUGGCCUCUCCCGUUGCGGAGCACAGGCUCCGGACGCGCAGGCUCAGCGGCCAUGGCUCACGGGCCCAGCCGCUCCGCGGCAUGUGGGAUCUUCCCGGACUGGGGCACGAACCCGUGUCCCCUGCAUCGGCAGGCGGACUCUCAACCACUGCGCCGCCAGGGAAGCCCCAUCAUAGCUUUAUUUUAAUGGCAUUUAUCACAGUUUCUCUCAGAUAUAAACUGUCUGAGGGUAAGGACUUCGUCUUGCUCAUCACUGUAUUUCUAGCACUGACAAGAGUGCUUAUACAGGUAGAUAUACAAAAAAGAUUGUUAAGUGGAUGAAUAUAUUCACUGAGUAAUUUCCUCCAUUAGACUGUAAGCUUCAAGAGGGUAGGACAUUUUAUUUUGUUCACUAGAGUAUUUCUCAGUGCCUACAGAACCUGGGAUAUUAUAGGUGCUCAAUAAACAUUUGGUGACUGAUGAAUUGAAUGAAUGAGUGAGAAAAGUAGUUUUAAAUAAGGAUGGAGGCCAGAGUAAGGUCAUUUAAUAAAGAAUUUUAUUUGCAAUGCUGAGAAGCUUAAAUUUUAGACUCCUUGGGGAAUUUUAAGCAGGAGAGUGACAUAUGCAGGCUUACAUUCAAUCUAGAAGGAUCCCUUCAGCAAUUAUGUGGAGGAUAGUUGGAACAUUAUAAAGCUAUUGCUGUAAUAUAGGAAAGAGAUCAAGCCCUGAUAUAAGGUAGUUGGAAUAGAGAAGACAAAUUCAGGGAAAUUUAGAAAUGCUGUAUGUUAGAUUAAGAUAAUGGCUGGAUUAAGGUAGGGGAAGAAGGGGAAGAAUCUAGCAUCACUCCCUGAGUUUCUUAUUUGGGAGACCACCUAGAGUAGGCACUCUAAGAAGAAGGGCAGGUUUGGGAGUGAAUGAAUUUAAUUGAGACGUUAAUUUUUUUUUAACAUGGGAAAUCUGGAUAAUUUUAUUGAUUUUUGGUAGAUUUAGCUGGAUUAUGGAUAUUCUUUUUUUUCUCCCUCACACAUACUUAAUCCUUUAUGUAUAAAUAUACAAAACCUACCACCCCUUGUUUUUUAAGAAACUGAUUUGAGUUAAGCAGUUCUUUUACUAGGGACAUGUUCCAUUUGAGUUUCCUGUGGGAUAUCCAGGUGGAGAUGUACAUAGGUAAUAUGGAGCUCAGUUGAGAAGGUCUGUUUCUGUACUAUUCCUUAUAAUUUCAGUUAAAACAACCUGAUGGGCACCAACACCCAUACAUAGGCGUGAACUGGCAUGUCCUUGGGCUUAGAGCGCGGGACGUUCAGCUUGCGAGAGGGAACCUCUUAGUUGGGUACGGAGAAAGAACGAUUUAAAAAUGGGUAAUGUUGAGAAGGGCAAGAAGAUUUUUGUUCAGAAGUGUGCCCAGUGCCAUACUGUGGAAAAGGGAGGCAAGCACAAGACUGGGCCAAAUCUCCAUGGUCUGUUGGGGCGAAAGACAGGCCAGCCUGUCGGAUUCUCUUAUACUGAUGCCAACAAGAACAAAGGCAUCACCGGGGGAGAGGAGGCGCUGAUGGAGUGUUUGGAGAAUCCCAAGAAGUACAUCCCUGGAACAAAAAUGAUCUUCGCUGGCAUUAAGAAGAAGGGAGAUAGGGCAGACUUGAUAGCUUAUCUCAAAAAAGCUAAUGCGUAAUCGUUGGCCACUGCCUUAUUUAUUAUGAAACAAAUGUCUCAUGACUUUUUAUAUGUACCAUAUUUAAAUUGAUCUCAUACACUAGAAUUCAGAUCAUGAAUGGCUGAUGUAAUAUUUUUGUCCUGAUUUAAAUAACUUUGGCUUGUGGCUAAACAAAUAUGGUCAGCUUUUUGAAUUUUGAUAGUAAUUGCGGUUCAACAAGUACUCUCACUGCUUUCCCUUUCUAAAGAGAUGAUUAAACUUGAAUAAGGAAUGUUAAACUUUUCAGGGAUAUGGUGAAGCCUUCUCAAACCCUAUAGGAGAUUGGUUUUAUAUUUAGAUUUCUAUAACUGAUUAUAUUAAUAUAUUUAAAUAUUGAGAAGCUCCCUUCACUGUCUCAUAGAACAGCAAGAGUCACCUGUGUUUCAAGCUGUGUUCAUUUGCCUGUUAAAGCAAGGGCUGAAGGUACGAUAACAAUGUCCACUUUAUCUUUUUGGUCUUAACUAUGCCAAUUUAAUUAUUUUUAUUUAUUUAUUAUUAAAAAAAACAAAAAGCAUUAUUAUUAUUAUAAAAAAAACAACAAAACCAACCUGAUGAUUUUGACUUUUUUUUUUUUUAUAGUUUUUUUUUUUUUUUUUUUUGGCCGCAAGGCAUGUGGGAUCUUAGUUCCCUGACCAGGGAUCAGGGAUCAAACCUGUGCCCCUUGCAGUGGGGGCACAGAGUCCUAACCACUGGACUGCCAGGAAAUUCCCUACUUUUUCUGUCUUAGGCAGUUUCAGCAUGCUUUGUCUCCCGUCUUUGCAAAACUGUAGUAGAUUUUUCUUGCCUUUGUUUCUGUCCUUCUUGUUUGGCCCUUUGCCAGGUAAACUUAAGGGAUUGCUGACUUCUGACUCCUGCAUUAUUCCCAUGUCCACAUACAUUUUCCUCUCUCCUCUCUUUUUCUCAAAGAUCAUUUAAUUUUUUUCCUUUUAGGGUUCUUUUCUUUUUUUUCUUUUAAAUUUAUUUAUUUUUGGCUGCGUUGGGUCUUCGUUGCUGUGUGCAGGCUUUCUCUAGUUGCGGCGAGCGGGGGCUACUCUUCGUUGUGGUGCGUGGGCUUCUCAUUGCAGUGGCUUCUCUUGUUGUUCUUCAGUAGUUGUGGCACAUGGGCUCGGUAGUUGUGGCUUGCGGGCUCUAGAGCUCAGGCUCAGUAGUUGUGGCGCGGGCUUAGUUGCUCCGCGGCAUGUGGCAUCUUCCCGGACCAGGGCUCGAACCCUUGUCCCCUGCGUUGGCAGGCAGAUUCUUAACCACUGCACCACCAUGGAAGCCCUAGGGUUCAUUUUUAUCAAAGUUAUAUGUAUACAUAGUUUGUGGAAUCGAAUAGUUCUGUAAAGUUUGUUAAAACAUAAAAUACCUUUUCCCCUUUAUUUCCCUUCAGAGGCACUUUUAGAGCUUUUUUUAGUUAACACUUUUUGGUAUUUAUCUCCAUCUCUCUAAAUAAUAUGCUUAUAUUGCUAUUUCGGUACCAUCAGUUGUAAGAUACACCAUAAUUUUAUGUACUACUAAAAAAGAGAAGUAGGCCCAAGAUGGGUAAUCUGUAAGAGGCCCUGCUUAAAGCUGGGAAACUACAUGAGAAUGUAAAUGAGAAGAAGCCCACCACACGGAAAGGGACAGCAAGGCAGCUCACAUGUCUCAACCCUGGCAUUGUGUAGGAGGGGUAAAAACUUUCUUUGGAAUUUGAACUGGUUUUCAGUUUGAAUUCACACUACCUAUGUUGUACCAAAAACUCAAGCAGAGAUUUUUAAUUAGAGAUUGUUUGAGGUUGAUAGUGUCUUAGGCACUUAGAAGAAACAAAUAACAGUUGUCAUCAGUUGUGUCUGGAUUUCAGAGAUGUUAAGAUAUGAAGAAAAAAAAAAAAGGCAUCUUAGAAUCAGUGAAAUAUGGUUCCAUGUGCCAGACACUGUUCUUUCUUGUUCUAGGAGUUUUGCUGUCCUGGAGAGCAGAGAAAUGGAUACAUAGCUGGAGGGGAAACUGGAGUUAAGAGUUGUCUUUUUAAAAUGGGAGCAAUCAUUAUACACCUGAAACUAAUAUAAUGUUAUCUGUCAAUUGUACCUCAAGAAAAAACUAAAAAUAAAAUGGGAGAAGUAAGAAUGUGUUAAUACAAUGCCAAUAGAGAUGAUCCAGUAGAGAGGGAAACAGUGCUGAUGCAGAGUGAGAAUGAGGAAUGACUGGGCAGUGGGGUUUGGGAUCUGGUAUCCAAGUGGAGGCAUUGGCUUUAGACAGGAGCAGUCAGUUCAUUCACAGUAAAUAACAGGAGGGAAGAAAAGGCAAAUGGGAGCCGGUGGUGGUAGUGGUGGAGAUUGCUUCCUGUUUCACUGAGAAAAUGGAAUGAAGGGCAGCAGCUGGGAGUGAAGAUGGAGAGGUGUUGAUGGCUUGAGGAGGAAGGAAAUGACAUGAAAUGGACCUAUAGGGGGGUGUGGGAGAACGAAUGGAUAAGGCAAAAGUUGUAGGAUUGUCAUGCUGAGCUAUGAGACCAUUUAAAGUCAGCAAUUGUGAAUCUUAAGUGAGACUGUUUGGUAUAGGUGUGUUUGUUUUCAUCUUUUUCUUUUCAAAGCCAUGUUUGGUUGCUUGUUGCAGGCGUAGCGUAGAGAGACAGUUGUAUUUUUUACCAUGUUAUUAGGGAAAAAUUUAAAUACACAAAAGAAAUAGAGCCCUCAUGUACUCAUCACACAGCUUCAACACAUAUUAACUCAUGGCCAACCUUUUUUGUUUUUAUUUUUUAAAGUCUUUAUUGAAUUUGUUACAGUACUGCUUCGGUUUUUUUUUUUUACGUUUUAGUUUUUUAGCUGAGAGGUAUGUGGGAUCUUAGCUCCCCGACCAGGGAUCGAACCCUCACCCCCUGCAUUGGAAGGGGAAGUCUUAACCACAAGACCGCCAGGGAAGUCCCCCAAUCUUGUUUUAUCUGUUGUCUUACCCACUUCCAUCCUUUCUUAUUAUUUUGAAACAGUCCCAGACAUCAUAUUUUAUGCAUAAAUAUUUCAUAUUGUAUCUCUAAAAAAUACGGACACCUGCAAAAAAAAUAUCAUUACCACACCAAAAAAAUUUAUAAUUCCUUAAUAUCAAAUAUCCUAUCAGUUUUCAAAUUUUCAAUUGUCUCUCACUCUCUUUUGGCUUUUGAUUUUUUAAAUUAUUAACUCAAAAAAGCUUCAUUUUAAAAAUUUAGUUUUCUGACUCUGUGUUUCUGCCUUUAACACUUUCAGAACGAUUUUCUGCUCCUCAAUAAGAAAAAUACGCUUGAU